GUUCCAACUAAAAAAAACUUGAUUGCAUUUGCUAAUCGAUUUCCCAAAAUAUAUCGGUAAUUGGAAUACAAGCUAUCGUUCAGCGGCAGUCUUUAGUUAUUAGCAGCUUAUUUUAGUUAAUAAAAGCCGGUAAUUUAUAUUUUAAAUAGUAUAUUUAUUUCUUUCGCUAUGCCACAAAGAAAGAAAGCGAAAACCCAAUGGCGUCCAAGACAGAUACGCAAUAAAAAUCGGCCGGGUCCAGAAGAGGAAUGGAGAAAAAUGUUACCAAAAAAGGAUGGGUCUAAUAAGAUGAGCUUGCGAGAAGACCAAGUCGGUAUAACUGAAUAUGUGAGCAAUGGUGCUGGAUUCACUGGAGUUGUAAAAUCGCGUUUUUCUGAUUUUCAUGUCAAUGAAAUUGAUCUAGAUGGAAAAGUUUUACAAUUGAACGAUUUGACAGUACCAAAGCCAGUGGAACAUGCACUUGAUGAGGAGGAGUUAGCGGCUGUACGUCAAAAAUUCCGUGAGAUUAUAACAGAUGACACGUGGGAUAAAAUGUCUGCUUUAGCCGCGUUGGGCGCAAAAGAUCCAGCAGCUCAGCCCAUAGAUAUAAUAGUAACGACAUUAGAUAAAACAGAGCGUGGACAAAUACACGAUAUGCUUAAAACAUUAUAUGGGCAGAAGUUGGUUGGUUCGACAGUGACUGAGUUAAAAGAUUCUACGGAGGAACGAAUUAUACGUGUAAUGAAACCCAAAUAUAACUCCAGUAGUGAGAAACGAACGCGUUGGAAUUUUCCGGGAGAAUAUGUACAUUUCUUGUUGUAUAAAGAAAAUAUGGAAACUAGCGAAGCAGCAUCACGUCUAGCUUCACGUAUUGGUAUGCACCCAUCUAACGUAAAUUAUUGUGGUACGAAAGAUAAACGAGCCAAAACUACGCAGAAGUUCUGUAUAAAACGACGUCUCCCUUCACAUAUUCUAACGGCAGCUCAAAAGUCAUACGUACGCAUCGGCAAUUUCACAUUCAGCAACGAUGUACUCAAGUUAGGUGAUUUAAAAGGCAAUCGAUUCAGAAUCGCUUUGCGUCAUAUUAGUGGUGAUGAGGAGGAAAUUCAGAAAGCGCUGGAGAAUUUACGUGACAAAGGCUUUAUAAAUUAUUUCGGUUUGCAGCGUUUUGGUAAUCACGCCGAUAUACCCACUUAUGAAAUUGGUGUUGCACUUUUGAAGGCGGAUUAUAAAACGGUCGCAGAGCUCAUACUAAAACCGCGCUUAAAUGAUCUGCCCUUCAUGGAUGAAGUGCGCAAGAAGUGGUGGAAAGAGCGUAAUUCAGCCGCUGCUGCAGCAAUGUUCAUUCCAAAUGAAUUUAUUGAAAAGAAAUUGCUAGAUGGCUUGGCGAAAUACGGUGAGAAUGAUUUUGCAGCCGCGUUAAGAAAGAUACCACGCAACAUGCUCUUGCUUUACCCGCACUCGUUUCAAAGUUUUGUGUUCAACCGCAUUGCAUCGCGACGCAUUAAAGAAUACGGCUUUAAGCUGAUACCCGGCGAUUUAGUAUAUCGCAAUAAAGAAGAAAUGGAUGAGGACAUCAUAGAAAAAUGUGAUUUAAAUAACACUGUCGAUGAUGUAGCAGAAGACAAUGAGAAUACUGAAGACAAUGAUGUUGAGGCAAAUGAGACAAAGGACGAGGCUGAAUCUCCCGCGAACUCCGCAGCAAAGAAUGAAUAUUCAAUUUUUAAGCGCAAAGUCAAAGCUUUAAGUGAAGACGACAUUGCAAGCGGUAAUUAUACGCUUUUCGACGUAGUACUACCCUUACCUGGUCAUGAUAUCACAUAUCCCAGCAAUGAAGUUGGCGCAUGGUAUGAAGAGAUACUCGCAGAAUAUGGUUUGUCAUCGGAAAAAUUACGUCAUAAGGUCAAAACUUUUGCUAUGGCUGGCGCCUACCGCAAAUUGUUGAUAUGUCCCCGCGAAUUAACAUGGAAAUUCCGUAAGUAUUCCUCUCCUGAGGAGACACUGAUAGCAUCCGAUUGGGAUCGUAUCGCUGGCAAAGCUGAUAAUAUAGAAAAUGCUGAGGGCACAGGUGACUUAAAAGCGCUCUUAUUAGAUUUUCACUUGCCGCCAUCGGUAUAUGCCACCAUGUUUCUGCGGGAGCUGCUAAAAACGGAUACCUCGGCGGCGCAACAAUUGAAAAUAGAAAAAGAUGAAAUGAGUAAAGUCAGAGACAAGCAGCAGGCAGAAGAUGGGAAUGAAAGUAAAAACGAUGCAGCUGUUGAAAGUGCCAGCAACGAGUCCACAACUGAAAAGCGUAAAUUGACAGCUGAUGAAUCGGAAGAGGUGGAGGAGAAGAAAUUAAAAACUUUAUAGUAGUUAGAAGCUGUAAAGUGGUUCAGGUUUACAUAUGUAAGUAAACAACUUUCCAAAUAUUUAUUUGGCUAUUUACAACCAUAAAAUCAAUAACAGUAACUAAUAAACAAAUCCAAAAUUAUGGUUAAAAAUUCCAAAAAAGGUGGUUAAAAUAUCAAACAGCUUAAGUCGAUUUAAAUAAAAAUAUAGUUACACCAUCCACAUCACUACCUAUAACUAUUCCAACAACAGGGUUACUACCAUAGAAUGUCAGGGUAUAGCUAUCUGGUUAGGCGAUGUCGAGCUCCAAAUAUUUAAUAUACUUCACUGCAAGGAGCUUAAAACUCCCCUGCCCAAUCCACGGCCAUCAUAUCUACCCACUGGGCGAACGAGUAAAAACUGGACCUCAACAUUUCCGUCGAUGAUGUCAAAAUUCAGACAAUAACUAACCCUAAAAGUUUAGCAGUCACACUUGACAGUCUACUCCUUCUCUCCGCACACAACCGCUAUUGUCACAAAAGUACAGAGCCACAACAA